AACAACAAUUUUGAAGCAUCACAAAGAUCCUUCCUCGAGAUCGCUGCCGACAAAAUCUGCAAAUCUCAUUACUGACGAGCAAGACUCCCUUACUUCAGGGGAACAAAUUGACUGAGGGGGAGAGAGCCGUACGAAUCGGGAUGUCGUCGAACGGUACGGAUCAGUCGCGGAAGCGUGCGGCGCCGGGAGACAACAAUUGGUUGCCUCCUGGUUGGAGAGUUGAAGAUAAAGUUCGAACCUCCGGUGCUACUGCUGGUUCCGUUGAUAAGUACUAUUACGAACCAAUCACAGGACGUAAGUUUCGAUCCAGGACCGAAGUGCUCUACUACUUGGAACAUGGGACAGAAAAAAAGAAAGGAAGCAAGAAACCAGACAACACUGAUUCCAAUUCAGACAAUUUCGAAGGGCAAGGAAGCAAUAAAUCCAGCAGAAAAGCUAAUAAAGAGCAGCCUCCUCCGCCGCCGCGGCCACCAUCGCCGCCGUUGAAGUUUGAUUUUGAGAAUCCGCCGGAGAAGGUAAGCUGGUCUGCUGCGGCGAAAGCAGGAGAGGAAGCUUGGACACCUUUUGUUGGGGACGACAAGGUUCAAGAUUCGUUGAGAAGAGAAUGGUGCACUGCUUUUAACGUUAUCACGACCAAGAACCCAACUAAACUGUCGUCGUUGAGACGAUGAUGAUGAUAAACAAGGUGGCGUUUUUUUUUUUGGUUGUUGCAUCUGUUGUAACGUAGACGGGGAUGGAUGGUAGGAGUUUAUUUAACCAGGUGAUGUUUGCUUGGUGUUCACUUAAGUUAUAGUUAGUUUUGCACUCUAAUUUUUCCUAGCUUGUUUUUGAGGAAUGUGAUAAUGGGAUACACAUAUCUGCGUUUGCGUUUGACACUCUAUGGACAUCGCUUUUUUUUUUGCUAA